AUGGCGAAGUAUGUUAUUGCUGGAAAGGCAAAUUGCCCUUUCUAUGCCAAAGCAGAACUUCUUGCUGACCAACUGGCGCUAAAUCUUCCAGAUUUCAAAAUCCAUAAGAUUGUUAAGCAGCCUGAAGAUUGGGAAAUCUGGCUAAAAAUGACUUGUGAAGAGAAAUGUUGGCAGCAUGUUAGUUCUCCUCUCAUUUGGCGCGAAUUGGUUGAUCGUGGUGGCAAAGGAAUUCUUCUCGGUGGAUGCGACGACUUUCUUGAAAUGGCGAAAGGGUAUUACGGUAUCACGUCCGCAAAAAUGAGCGAUGAGCUCGUGAACAUAGCGAAAGAAAAUCUGCAAACCAAGAUUGAGAUUGACGCCGAGGAGGAGCAAAGAAAGGCUGAAAUAACCCCUCUUCGAAUUUGUGUUUCGGGUGCCUCUAGUGCUCUCGCUUAUGGUGUGUUAGCUUGCUUAGCCCAAGGAGAAGUAUUUGGGAUGGAUCAAGAAGUCAGCAUAUAUCUGCUCGACACGGCUGAGUCUCAGGAUGUUUUAAAAGGUACUGCUAUGGAGAUACAAGAUUGUUCAUGGCCUCUCUUGAGAGAAGUUAUUUACACCCCCGACCCUGCUGUUGCUUUUAAAGAUGCAAGCGUCGCUGUUUUACUUGAUGGCCUACCUCUUAGAGGCGGCGAAGAUAAAAAGGAGCAGCUUAUUUCCAGUGCCAGAAUUUUUAAAGCUCACGGUCUAGCACUUGACCAGUAUGCGAAAAAAGAUGUGAAAAUUCUCAUUGGAGGGGGCCCCGCAUGUGUGAAUGCAUUUGUCACAAGUAAAUUUGCCCCGUCAAUUCCCAAACAGAACAUUUGUGCCUUAGCUCGCUUACAGGAAAACCAUGCCAAGGGGCUACUGGCCAAAAAACUAAGUGUGAACACUGCAGGGAUAAAGGAUGUUAUCAUCUGGGGCAAUCUAGGUGUGACCACUGUUGCGGACCCCAGAAAUUCAAGAGUUCAUGGGUACGAUGGAGCCAUUUGGGGGCCGCAUGUCCCUGGGUUCACACGGUCAGUACCCGAGAUGAUCCAUGAUGAUAAAUGGCUGACUGGAGAAUUCCUAGAAACAUUAAAAAAGCCCAUGGAUACUGUGAAAAACCCAGGUGCUAUUCCUGCAUUGUCGGGCAGCUCAUCAGUGUUAUCACAACUUCAUGAUUUGUGGCAAGGAUCAUCUUCAGAGAUUUACUCCCUCGGCGUUUUCUCAGAUGGAUGGUAUGAUCUUCCACAAGACAUUGUCUUUUCUGUACCGGUUAAGUUUCGCCAAGGUUCCUGGAACAUUAUAGACGAUAUCCCCCUCGAUGAAGCUAUCAAAACCCAACUGCAGACGAUUGCAGAAGAGCUGAAGAAGGAUUGUGAAGAUCUUCUUAGUGAAAUUAACACAGAGUAA